AGUCACCGCGAAAUAUACGGAGUACUUUCCACAAAUUUCAAAGUUUGCCUUUCGAAGAAAACCUUCAAAAUUGAACACCUCGGUGCUCGCGGGCCGCGGGAUGUUGUUACGGACCUCAGGUAAAAAAUAAUCAGAUUUAAGGCGGAGUGGUUCACCUGGAAAUAAAUGGCUGACUGCUAGCUUGCCCGAGAAGAUGUUUUUCGGAGGACUUGAUGUUACCUGGUCCAGGAGAGACUUUCGGGUUUAUAAGCAUCUUUCUGAGCGGAUUUUAAACCUGAAAGCAGCCGUAAAACUGGGACAAACAUGGCGACCUAAACUAACAGGGAGUGGAGCAGCAGCGCUGCCGGACGUUGAGGAGAACAGGGUGAAGCAGGCACCGCCCGAAGGAGCCAAGUCCAACCCAUCUAAACGGCAUCGAGAUCGUUUGAAUGGAGAGUUGGAGCGGUUGGCCAGCCUGCUGCCUUUCCCCGAGGAGGUCACCGCCAGUCUGGACAAACUCUCCAUCCUCCGCCUUAGUGUCAGCUACCUGCGGGCCAAGAACUUCUUUUCAGUCGCCCUGAACGGAGUGACUCCAGCUGGUGGGAAUGAUGACGACAGCAAAACAGCAGGAUCGGUGGAGACCAAGAUUCCUGAAGGCGAACUGUUGCUGCAGGCUCUCAACGGUUUUGUCAUGGUGGUCACUGCCAGCGGGACCAUCUUCUACUCCUCUCACACCAUCCAGGACUACCUGGGCUUCCACCAGACGGAUGUCAUGCACCAGAGUGUGUAUGAACUGGUCCACACGGAGGACCAGCAGGAGCUCAGGAGAAACUUGCACUGGGCUUUGAAUCCUCCUUCUGCCGCUGCACCUGCCAUCACCCAGGACUCCCCGCAAGAGAUGGAACCGGACAGCAGCUCAUCUGUGGUGACCUACAACCCCGAACAGCUUCCUCCAGAGAACUCGUCCUUCCUGGAGAGGAGCUUUGUGUGUCGCUUUCGCUGCCUUCUGGACAACUCAUCAGGCUUUCUGGCUUUGAACAUCCAGGGCAGACUCAAGUUUCUGCAUGGACAGAACCAGCGACAAGAAAACGGGGGAAAGGCCCCGCCUCAGCUCGCCCUGUUCGCCAUCGCGACUCCUCUGCAGCCUCCAUCCAUCCUAGAGAUCAGGACCAAGAACAUGAUCUUCAGAACCAAACACAAGCUGGACUUCACACCGUUGGCCUGCGAUGCAAAGGGGAAGAUCGUGCUGGGGUACACAGAGGCUGAACUGCGGGUACGAGGAUCUGGCUAUCAGUUCAUCCAUGCAGCAGAUAUGUUGUACUGCGCAGAGAACCACGUCAGAAUGAUGAAGACCGGAGAGAGCGGUCUGACUGUGUUCAGGCUCCUCACCAAGGAGAAUCGCUGGAAAUGGGUCCAGGCCAACGCCAGGCUGGUGUACAAGAACGGCAAACCAGAUUACAUCAUCGCCACCCAGAGGCCCCUCCUGGAUGAAGAGGGAGGAGAACACUUGCGUAAGCGCUCCAUGCAUCUACCUUUUACCUACGCUACAGGUGAGGCUCUGCUCUACCAGUCCAACCAUCCCAUCGCAGCCUUCAGAGAUGGGAGCCAUGAGAAAAAUGGCAGUAAGUCAAAGAAGAGCCGGACUGAAAGGCUGGUGAGGGACGGUCUGGACCCCGGCUCUCUUCUUGGGGCGCUCAUGAGUCAGGAUGAGUCGGUGUACGUUUGCCAGCCUGCUCUGGAGCCCAAAAUGUCUUUCCAUAGCUUCUUUGGAGACCAAAUGGGCUUCUCUGACUCUGAGCCCUCCAGCAUGCACAGGAGCUGGGAUGAGCCGAGCAACGGCGUGCUGGGUGCCAGCGUCACAGAGCCAGGCACCAGCUUCGACCCGCUGCUGGCCACUCUGGACUCCCUUUCUCUGGAAGGACAAGGCGUUGUGGAUUCGGAAGACAGCGGGUGUUCAAACGGCGAGCUGUUUGGAGCUCUGGAAGGACUGGGGCUGAGCGCCGAGGACCUGGAGCUGCUGCUGCUGGAUGAGCGGAUGAUCAGAGUCGAGAUGGACCCUGAACGCGUGCCCACUUUGGACGACCUGUUGACAAACGAUGAGAUCCUUUCAUAUAUCUACGACUCCAUAGAGGGGAAGAGUGAUUCCACGGAGCACGGAGGAGGACAGGUGCCUCCCAGUACGGCCUCAGCGACAGCCACCACAGUGUCACUACCUGAAAGUAACGCCACUCCUGACACUAAUGUGCAAAUGCAGUUUCCUCACCAUAAGCCUCCCCUGGUGGGGCAGGCUCCCAUCGUGCAACUGUCCCAGCAGAUGCAGCAGCACCUCAACAUGCGACCAGGUAAAGUGGCGCACGAGUGGGGCCAGCAGAGCGACCAUUUGGCGAACACGGUAGCUAACGGAGAUCGGCUGGGGCAAAAUCAGUCACUUCCCAACGGACAGUGGACAGCGCAGGACAUUCUGGUCAGUGCGGGGAUACAACUGGAACACUUUAACACACAACAGACUGUUUUUAACGGCAAGGCGUCAGAGCUGGAUGGAGAGUUUCAUCAGCAGCAAACGCAUCAACGCUUCCUUCAGCAGCAGCCGAGGAUGCAGAACCAUCUCUCACAGCAGUGCCAUGCCAAACAAAAGGCAGCCAAUCUCAACGGACUGUGCGGAGUCUCCAGCAUGGAGCACUCGGUGGGGAAAUCCCAGUGGCAGGACUUUGCAUUCAGCGAGAGUCUGGGCAGCAACCCCUGCCUCGAUAAUGGCCAAAAACCUCUGACAAACACCUCACUAGAUACUUGCAUGGAUUUUAGCAUGCCUGAUAUUGACAAUGCGGAUUACUCGAUCAGUGGAAGUGGUUUGUUCGGUAGGAACGAGCAUCAGCUCGGGGCCGAGUCCACGGUUUCAUCCUUCCAGGGGGUGAACCAUAAACGGCAGCAGGAGCAGAUCCCAGUUCCUUUGGCUCAGGUCAUCUCCAGCCUGUCGCAGUGCCCUCCUCCCAACGCCUCCCUGGAGCAGAUCCUCGGAGUGGCCAAGCCCUGCCGGCAGCUGGACCACUAUGGCAUGGUGACCUCUGAGAUCCCUCAUGACCCCAGUCCCAAUAAGAUGGAGAAUGGCUGCAUCUUGAACAGUUCUUACCCAGGAGGCUGUGCUCUGCCCAAUAGAAACGGAGCGGCGCCCCCUUCUGUCCAGAUGCCCGUACCUGAGACCUUGUCCAGCCUCCCCGACCCGCCAGCCACCGGCUUCUACCUCUGACCAGCUGACCAGGACCAGUCAUGCAGCGGGACUCUGUGAAAGGCCAGAAACACACAAUGACUGGACCAGCCUUAUCCAUCUAGAUAACACAACAAACAAAGCUGAAUAAACGU